UCCGGGGAAAAGACUUUCUGCAUAUAUUUCAGAUUUCAAUAUCAAUGUCAAAAAUACACGUCGUAUGAUUUUACAUAGGAUUUGCACUACAUUAUAAUAAAGAGAAAUAUCACUGAAGUAACAGUUUAUUACAUAUCUAUUUAUUUGCAACCAAAAGGGACUCCGGGCGGCUUACAAAUUACAUGUACAUCAGCCUAGCACAACAUAAGCAUUAUAUAUUACUAUACAGUACCACUAUAUUGUAAUAUUAUUAGUAAUAUUACAUGUAAUAUAUAUUAGGGUAUAUAUUAUAGAUAAACAAACAAACUUACUCGCAGUGAGAAAGCUGUUCACCAGUGGAACUCCCUGCUGCAGAGUGGGGCGGAUUGCCAACUGUUGUAUUAUAUUAUAUUAUAUUAAUAAACAUUCAAACUUCCCCGUGGUGAGAAAGAGCUCUUCACCAGUGGAACUCCCUGCUGCAUAGUGAGGCGGAGGCUCUGAAGCGGAGGCUGGGCGGCCAUCUGUCUGGGACGCUUUGAAUGCGGCUUCCCUGCUUCCUGGUAGAAGUGGGUCGGGCUGGCCUCUGGGGGCCCCGGGUGGGAGGAGCCAAGCUGCCACUCAACCCAGCCGGCCCCGCCCCUUCUUCCGGGGUGGGAGGAGCCAAGCUGCCACUCAACUCAGCCGGCCCCGCCCCUUCACCCGGGGCUUCUGGGAGCGCGCGCCGCUUUCCCGCCUCGCCAGGCCACGCCCCCUCGCCGCCACUCCGCCAUCUUGUCCGCUCGCCUCCACGCGCGACCCACGUGGUUCCGCGGCGAGGCCCGUGUCUGGACGGAGUUCCUCGGAAGGUGAGUCCGGGGACGCCGGCCGGCCUCGGAAAGAGCGGGCGAGCGAGCGAGCGAGGGUCCCGGCCCAAGGCCCGAGGGAGAGUUUCCCGCUUCCCUGGAGAUUGAGAAUAGUAUUGAUGGCCGAAGGAAGGAGUGCCGGAGGGAUGUCUGUCGCCACCGCCGUGGGAGCUGGAGAGCGACCGUCAUCGUCCUCGUUGUUGUUGUUGCAUGGAGGCGCCCCGCAGGAGGAGGGGGAUCCGGGCUUCCGGCCUCCCGAGCGGAAGGGGAAGAAGAGGAAGGAGGACCCCACGGAGGACCUCACGCCGCCCACGACGCCGCCGCACAAAUACUUCACCCGCCGCUGGAGUCGGCUGUGGCUCUGUGGCUGCCCGGAAACUCCCACCGAGGCUUCGGAAGAGGGACCGGGCCGGCGGGAGGGCACCCGUGAGACCUCCACGGAUGCCGCCCUCCCGGGGCUCAUCUCCCUGCCCAUCAGCCCCCAGGAGACUCAGGCAGGGGCGGCUCAAGCGGUGACCCAGAGGCCGGCGUCUGACGGAGCCAAGCGCCAGAGGAAGGAAGAGGAAGAAGAAGAGGAGGAGGAGGAGGGGGCUCCGGGGCUCCGGGAGGCACCCCCUGGGACCCUGCCCCCCUCAAGGCCAGGCCAACGCCCUGUCACUCUCAGCACUUUCCUGAUGGGGAAGGAAAACCCCACUGCGACGGAUGCGACUGACAAGCGCAUGGCGGCCCAGCAGCAGCUUGCGUCAGUGGCCCUUCCGGCGGAAGAAGACCGGCAGCAGCAGAAGGGACCCCCCGGGGAAGAUGCCAGGCCCCCUCCCAGGUCAAAUGAAGAGGAGGGAGAGAAGGAGGUCAGGCGUGAGGAAGAGCAGCUCUCCGUGGACUCGGGGCCGAAAGGCGGGAGCAGCGCCAACGGCAACGCUUCCGGCACCAGCAAGAAGAAGAAAUGGACGAACGAGGAGUCGCAGUGGAUCCGGGAGGGAGUGAAGAAGUUUGGGAAGGGCAAGUGCAAGUGGAAGGCCAUCUUCCUCAGCUACCCCUUCACGGACCGGUCCCCGGUGAAGAUCAAGGACCGCUGGCGGACCAUGAGGAAGCUCGGCAUCGAUUAACGGAGGACGGUGGAGUGAGUGUGGCCAGUGCCCUUUGGGAAGAUUGUUCAGCCCCAUUUUCCUUCCUGCGAAGGUCAGCGUUGAGGACCGAAGAAGAAGCAGCAGCACACGGUCCUCUCUGGUUCCUCGUUGUUUUGCAGUUCUGAGGCGUUUUGUUCCUGUUCCUUGAGUUCUCGUCCGCGGGCAAAAAAGGAGACGCGAGACAUUUCCUCUCGUUUGCCGAACAGACUGAGAUUUUAUUUUUGCCACAUAGACUUCUGUGCCACGGAACAGAGGGAGGAGGACCCACGGUUUGGGCUUAUGAUAUUUCAUUUCUUUCUUGGAGUUCAUUGAGGCCAAACCGGAGAGGUUUAGGGCUAACUUUGUAUGUUUUCCUAAAUAAAGGUAUUUGUUCACA